GGCGUCGUCUGACCAACAACUCCGACGAAACUCUUCAGCCAAACUGUCAGCCCACUCACGUUACUAAACUAUCUGGAAACCGCAUAAGGAAACUCUUGAAAUUCCUUUCAAAAUAAAAGCUUCCUUGACAGCCAUGAAGGUCGAUUUUGAUAAAAAUUCACUGCACUCUAAUUAGCAAUCCCAGAAUGCCUUUCGUUACGUCACAAAUACAUCCAACAUGGCGAUGAUCAGUGGUCGGCUAGUGCGCAACUUUUAUUCACAUUUGCGCUCCAGAUCCAUUUAUUUGAAGCUCUUAAACGCCUCCACGGCGUCCCGAGCGGAGCCCCUGCAUGUGAGCGAGAGCUGCGCGCGCCGCCUCAAGGAGAUAGCCAGGGACGGCCGCGCACUCAGGGUCCUGGUGGAAGGAGGCGGCUGCUCCGGGUUUCAGUACAAGUUCCAGCUCGUCGAGGACAUCCACGACGACGACAUUGUUUUGGAGAAGGACGGAGCAAAGGUGGUGAUAGACGAGACGUCGCUGGACUACGUUCGCGGCUCCACCAUAGAGUAUCACGAGGAGCUGAUCCGCUCCGCGUUCCGCAUCGUCAACAACCCGCAGGCAGAGCAGGGCUGCUCGUGCGGAGCGUCCUUCGCGAUCAAGCUGUAGUAGGUGCUAGCACUCGUUCAUCAGGCAGUUAGCAACAAACAUUCAUACACUUAUGUAACACCUGUUCUGUGUUCAUCUCGGUCUGGUUACUAACGAAGUUGUUCAUAAACUGUGUGGAAAAAAUAGGAUAAUUUAGUGAUGUAACUCACAGUGGGUCAACAUUUAUUUGCUGCAAAUGCAAAUGCAAAUGCUAAUUUCAAAAAGCUCAACAUUUAAAUUCUUAAGUUUUAAUGUAUAUAACCCCACCAUUGUUACAACAUUAACUUUAAGGAAUUUACUGCAGAUAGUAAAGAAAAAAUAUAAAAGCUUCAGUUUUUUUUGUGCUAUAAACCAAGAAUUUAUUUCUCAAGCUCGAAAUGUACUGAAAACAAAACCGUGUGCACGGUAUGUCGCCAGGGCUGAUAGAUGGGAAGUGUGCACCUAAACAAAUAAUGCAAAUAAUGUUAAUUCUGGUAUUGACAUUCGGAAGAAGCAAGAUCUUGAGUUACUAAAAAUAUCAGCUUGCAGUUCAUUAAGAGAAUCAAAAGAGCUGAAAAACCUUAAUUUUUAUAAUCUUACAUCAAUACACACACAGGCAUAUUAAGUGAAAAUUUCUCAAGUUAGUUUUGCUAAAGUAAUAUAACUCAGAGGUGUGUGAUAUAAUGCAAAAAAUAUAUAUUUCUGUGUACAGGGAUAAAUAAAAGGAACACUGCACCAUUUUGAAUGUUUCUGAUUGCGAACUUACAACCCAAGAAAACAUUAAAACUUUGUGCAUACAUUGUGUUAUGUAUGUAACAUUAAACCUCGAGGAACCUAACAUCAUAGAUGACAAGUCUGAGAAUCAAGUGCAAUAAACGUGAGUUAUUACGUUCUCUAACAGCGAUGGCGAACAAUGUUGGCAAUCCCAACAUAGGAAACAUAGCGUAACGUAGUAACAAGCUAAUUGUGCAUACCUGAGCCAAUAGAACUAAUGAUGGUGUUUUAAGAGGAGAACUAACAGACUCAAAAAAACACUAAACCAAUACAUAUAUGAGAAAAUUACAACUAAAACAAAAUGAAAAUAUUUAUGAGGCUGAAACAAAAAUUUUACCAAGAACAUAAUGAAGUUAGUAGCUCAAGCUAUGAGUUCAUAUUGACACCCCAUUAUUUGAAUACACACCAAACAGAGUGUGCACAUACACUGGCCUUGAUCUUUCACGCCAUUCACGUUGCAGAAUCAUAACUUAUUAAAUGAUUUCAAAGAAAAAUGCUGAUGUGAGAACGAGACUAGCCAUUCCUUCACCCGGAAAAUACUGUAUGUAAAAUUUUAAGUUAAAUUUGAUCAAACCCCAUGUAUUUACCAGUGUUUGAAUGUACAUUGAAUUUCAUGGCCUCUACACAAGAAUAUGGCACAAACUCACUAGAAACUGAGUACUAAAGAUGACCACAGAAAACUUAUUCAUUGACAAUGAGUAAAAUCAAAAUAAUUUAUUAGUAGGUAUAUAUUGUGGACUUCUUUUUUCUAGUUGCCUUUUAUUUCAAAUGUUUUUAGUCUACAACAAAUUUGUCAGCCUAUCCUGCAAUAUUUUACCCCUUCUAACCCUUCCCCCAACUCAGAUGGGGAGAUUUAAACCAAAGAGCACAGAAUACAGAAAAUGGUGGCUAGGGAAAACAAGGAAAUCAGUAAUCAAUGUGCCCAGUGUGGGAUUCAAGGAAACCCAUUCUUCACCUGCAUUCAAAAUGUUUGUAUUAAAAACUUGUGGUCUUGUUUGAGAAAAUCUGUAUUAAAUGUGAUAUUAGUAUAUAAAAUUUAUUUUUAUGUUUUGUUGAAAAUAAAAAAUCUCAAGAGUA